AUGGGAAAUGGAGGAUGGCGACUGCGCGGUCAACAGUUGGCCCAUGGUGAUCUCCUCUCACAUCCAUUUGCUCCCCAAAUCUCCUUCUCUUCGUUCUUGCUCGACUUACCACCUUCUAAAAUCUGCAGGUUUUCACCACUAGAUGACUUCCUGCAUUCUAAUAGCUUUCGAGCUCGGCUGAUAGCGAUGGCUGACGGGCGUGUGUGCGUGUUGUCCCCUGGCGUGCAUGGCGCGCAGUUCGACGAUCAGGUGUGGGAGCAAUUCGAGGACUACGACGAACUCGCCGCGCCGCACGCUCACAGGGACGCCGCGGGUGUCGUUGGCGCCAGCUGCGACGCGUCGCACGCUGCGAGAUUGCGACAGGUCGAGGGUGGAGAAUCUGACGGCGGCCGCGAGGGCCUGUCUUCUGGCCGCCUGGUUGACGACCCGCGAGGGGCGCGCGAGUUGGCAGGCUGCGAGGGAGCACGAGGGGACGCGCGUGGCGGGAACGGACACAGUCCUCAUGCGCGCGCGGACCAUAGCGCCGCUUGCGCCUUCCCGCGCGCCGAGCUACCAAGCUCCCCGGACAGGCGAGGCGGGGCUUGCGCGGACGCGAUGGCGGACGGCAUGGCAAGUGAGCCGUGGGGUCACGAGCACGCGAGCCACGUGGAUGAGCUGAUGAGGUCCGCCUAUGCCACGGACGCGCUUUCUUUUCCCUCCGCGGACCUUCUUCCCCUCCCCAGCGCGGACCCUCCCUCCCCGUCUUCCGCGGACGCGCUCCCCCAUCUCACGCGCGCCGACCUGCACUCGUGGUGGGGCCCCGCCUCCGACCCCUCCGUGCCGCUGCCGCCCGCCCCCGCGCUGCUCGAUGCCGCUUGCGCCUUCCCCUCCGCCGGCGCCGCCGACGAGCGCUGCCGCGAGGAGGAGCGGCGGGCGGCGCAGGUGUGGGCGGUGGAGGAGCUGGAGGCGGAGCAGGAGGAGGGGGGCGACCACGCGGAAUGGGGGGAGCGCGCGGAGGGCGAUGGAGGGGCGAAGGCGGAAGGCGCUGUUGCCUCAGACGCGGACAGCAAGGGGGCCGCGAGAGCAGGGCUUGCGAGCAAUGGUGGUGCUGCUGCUGCGUGUGUGGCACAGGUGCGUGCUUGCAAUUCAUGCUUCCAUGCUGCGAGUGUCGCGCGCGCCGUUACCUUACUCCCUCACAUGCAUGCUGGCACGGCGCACACCACGCCACGCACGGCAGGAUGGCGGGCCCACAGCUCCGCCCCGCACACGGCAGUGGCGGACGGCGCGCCGUCAUGGGAGGGUGGCUCCAGCGCUGCGCCUGCUGUGAGCGUGAGCGCGGGCGCGGCAGCUGAGGCUGGCACUCCCAGAAGCUCCAGCCCCGGUGGCUCCUCGCGCUGCCUCUCACAGGCGAGGCGGAGAGCAGCGGUGCGCAGGAGGAGGGAGGGCGAGCAGCGCACCACGGCGUCCAGAAAGCUGCCUCUGGGCCAGCACGCCAUGCCCUUCCCCUCGCUGCCGCACCACUUCCCCAACUACUGCCCGCCCUUCUUCGCUCCGCACGCCCCCCACAUGUCCGCUGCACCGCUCCUGCCACUCGCCUCAAGCCAGCCCGCCACUGCUCGCGCUGCCUCCGCCGCUCCCACUCCCUCGCCCGCGCCUUACCUCUACCCUCGCCCGCCCUCCCACGCCCUCCCCAUUCCCCCCUGCCCUGCGCCCACGCAUCUCUUCCGCUACUUCCCCCCCGCGCACCUGCCCCGCCUCCCCCACUUCCCCAACUACCCGCUCACCUCGCAGCCGCUGCUCCCCGCCUUCCCUUCCCGCCUCCUGCCUCCCGCGCACCCCUGCGCGCCGCCUCAGCGCCCCCCAGUGCGCGCCACGCCAUCACCACCCGCCACUGCCCCCCGCGCUGCUGCAGCUGCUGCGUCGCCCCACGCUGGCACAGGCGCCGUGGGCGAGCCUGGUGCACGCACAGGGGGGGCAGCGGGGACGGCGGGGACGGCAGGGACGGCGGGGACGGCAGGGACGGGAAGCACGAGUGCACUGAGGGCAGCAGCGGAGCAGCAGAAGCAGCAGCAGGCGCUGGGGCAAGCCAUGUUCGCCCUGCACCACCACCGCUCCGUGCUGCGCCAACAGCAGCACGGCGCUCACGCGCACGCAGAGCAGAGCGCGGGGAGCGUGGGGGCGGAGGCAAAGGCGGCGUGUGGGCCUCUUGGAGGGGCGAGGGGGGAGCGAGCAGGGACGAGCGCAGCAGCAAGUGGCGCGUGGCAGCAGCAGGCAGGGGGGGCUUGGCAACAGCAAGGAGGGGGGCCAUGCAGUGACUCGCAGUGCUCCGCGCUGCUCGCUUCCUCCUCUUCCUCCAGGCCGCCUGCUGCCUCCCCCUCGAUCUCCCUUUCCCCCGCUCCGCCACUUCGCCCCCCCGCUGCAGCCCGUGCGCCCACCGCCCCUGCGCCCACUGCAGGGCAAGCGGGGAGGGACAAAGCCGUGACACACGCGCCCCUCCCCGCUGCCUCCGCGUCACGCCCGUGCACCCCCCGCUCCCCAUCUGCCCUUCCCAUUGGUUCCUCCGUUCCCCCCUCGCUCUCACCCUCGUCAUCCUCCCUUCCCCCUCCAUCGUCCCCCUCCCCGCUCAAGCCCCCCAUGCCCGGAGGGGGCGAGGGGGCGGGCGAGGGCAUGGAGGCGGCCAUUCUGCACGAGCUGGAGAGCACCGUUGCCAAGCUGGCGGCGAGCAGCCGGCGGUUCAUUCACGAGGCGCUGCUGCGGCUGGCACGGAGCGCCAAGGGGCGCAGCACAGCGGGCGCAGGCGCUGCUGCCACCCACAGCAGCAGCGCUACUGGGGGAUUGACGCCGUCAAGUGGGGGCGAUGCAGGGCGGGGCGAGCAGGCAGUGACAGCAACGGAGACAGAGACAGGGGGAGGGACAGGGGUGGGGGCGGGGACAGGGUCGUCUGGGAUGAGUAGUGAUGAGGGGCGGAGCCAGUCGGAGCCUGGGACAGGUGGUGCUGGUGCAGCGGUGGCGUCGGCAUCAGAGGGGGCAGGGGAGGGGCGUGGGGAGGAGAGUGGGACGAACCGCAUCGACCGCGCCAUCGCCAACCUGCUCUUCCGCUCGCCCCUCCUCUUUGGCCCUUCCCGCCCCCCCUCCUCUGCUGCACUGCCACUGCCUGCUGCACCUGCAGCACCCCCUGGGCAUGCCACUUUACACCACUACCCCCUUCAAUUCUUCCUCGCCUCGCUGCCCGACUUGUCAACAAUUCUCAACCUUUUCCCCAAUAUCGACUUCGAAUCAGCAGUGGACACGUGGCAAGACGUUGCGUUCGCUCUCCAAGACAGCGUGGACGAGUUUCUCUACCUCGCCAGCCACCUGGCGCAGUCGCACGACCUUGCCGCCUUGUCGCCCGCGACUCUUGCGAUCAUCUACGUCGCAGGGCUGUUAACGAGCUUCGCGCCGUGCACGCUCAGCCUGCUGCCGCUCACCGUCGGCUUCAUCGCCGGUUUCGACUCCCCCCCACCCGCCCCCUCGCCCCCCCAAUCCGCAUCCGCCUCUCCCUCCUCUCCCCCGCCCUGUUGCUGCUCCGCCGACGACUCCCCCCCGCCACUCCCCGACGCGCCGUCCGCGCGCGCCGCCAGCGUGCCGGUCAACUGCUUGUUCUUCACGCUCGGCCUCGCCGCCACGCGCACCGCCAUGGGCGUGGCCGCCGCGCUCGCCGGCCAGCACGCCGUGGGCGACAUGGGCGGCGCGCUGCCCGCCGCCGUGUCGCUGGUGGCCAUGCUGGCGGGACUGCACCUGCUCGGCCUGCUGCCCGUUCGCCUGCCCGCGCCUGUGGCGGCGCGAGUCAGCCCCGCGGCGGUGAGCGCGAGGGUGCCUGUGGCGCUGCAGAUGGCGGCGGGCGGAGCGGCCUUCGCGUUCGUGGCGUCGCCUUGCUGCACGCCCGUGCUCGCGUCACUGCUCGCCUUCGUUGCAUCCACCAGGGACGCGGUGACAGGCGGAGCGCUGCUGCUGAGCUACACGAUGGGCUUCGCCACGCCGCUGCUGCUGGCUGCCUCGUGCACGGGCGCGCUCAAACAGAUCUCAGCCGUCCGUCGGUACUCGGGGUGGAUCAACCCUGCCAGUGGCGCGCUGCUGCUGGGCGGAGGGGCGUAUGUGUUUGUGGGGAAGGUGCUGCCUCAUGCUGCCGUCAUGUCAACCAUCAUGUGA